UAUUUAUUCAAAAGACUUCUCUAAUUCAUUUAUUACCCAAAAGCCCUAAAAUAAAAUCACUAAUUUUAAAAUAUAUCUUCAAUGUCUGAAGAAGAUAAAAGUAAUCCAACACAAAAUGCAAGUAAGGUUAAUAAAACAGAACAAAAGCAAGAGUCCUGGGGAUAUGAUUUAUAUCCUGAAAGGCGAGGAACAUUCACACCGAAACUGUCAAACAUAUUAAUUGGUAAAGAAGGGAAAGAAGGGAUUGAGAAAUUCAAGUGCGAGAAAAAUGUAUACGAGUGUGUUAAAAAUAGUCCUAUAGUUAAAGUGAUGAUGGCAGCUUUAAAAAGUUCUGGUUGCCCUGUGGAUAUAAGAAGACACAUAUCUUGUGAGGUUUGCGAUUAUUCAGUUAGUGGAGGUUAUGAUCCUGAGUUGAAUCAGAUUGUUGUAUGUCAAAAUGUAUCAACAAGGAAAGGUAUGGUGCAAGGUGUGUUAGCACAUGAGAUGAUACACAUGUUUGACUACUGCCGCAAUGACCUCAACUUUAAAAACAUGGAACAUCUCGCCUGCUCUGAAAUCCGUGCCGCAAAUCUGACACAUUGCUCAUUUGUCAGCGCUUGGUCACAAGGUGAUGCCUCUUGGACGAAAGUUAAGCAAGCUCAUCAGGAUUGUGUUAAAACGAAAGCUUUGUACUCUGUGAUGGCAGUUCGUCAAAUUGGUAAAGCGGAAGCUGUGGAUAUUAUAGAAAAGGUGUUUCCGAAAUGUUAUGCUGAUUUAGAACCAAUAGGUAGACGGAUCAGACGCAAUUCAGAUGAUAUGCUCCGAGCAUUCAAAGAGGCUGCAUAUUAUGGUUAUGAAUAACACUGGUUUGUAAUAAGUAGAUUGUAAGUAGAAAACGAAAUAAAAAAGAAUUUCAAGA